AUGGCCGAGGACCAGGCCCGGAGGAAUCUUGAAGAGGAGUUGACCAUUCAGAACGUCAUACUCAGGUCGCUUGAUGACCAGACGUUUGAUGGGGUCGAGGAGGAGCGCAGAGAGGCCAUCAAAGAGAUUGAGCGCAUUAAGGCAGCCUUGAACAAGCCGAGACAGUCUCAGGCAUCAACCCAGCAUGGCGACGCUUCCCGACACCUGCUGAAGGCGACGAAGCGCGGCACAACACUCCAUCUGGAAACCCCCACAGACACCCAGCUACCAUCUGAUAUCGAGGAGGACGCAACGUGCAUUGCUGAACAAAUCAAGGCCGAAAAUAGGCUUAAGCAGGAAGUUCAAGACCGUCGCCUUGCCCAACAGUUAUCUCAAGAGUCCGAGUCUGGCCCCUCGUCGCGGGGUGGCUCGGGUCCUGCACGACAAGAUGCGCUGUCGAGGCUGAUGGCUACUCAACGAGCAAACGAGCGGGGCCUAUCAGGGUCAUCUAUGGCUGGGAACAGCGGUCCCGGUGUCCAAUAUCCGGCGUGGGAAAACCCGGCCAUGAGUAUGCCAGGGGCGAACAACCCGAGCUGGGACCAGCCGCCGGCGUUUGGAUUCGCAUCGCCUGCUCCCGGUCGCGGAUUCGCCACGGCUCCCUCAACCCCGCAAACGCAAGCUCCAAAUCCGUUUUACGAGGAUGGGCAAGCAUUGCCUGACAGGCUGUCCAACUUCCUGCAAGAGGUGUAUCACGACCCUAGAGUGACCGAGAAGGAACUGGACGACCUCCUUCAGAAUAUCCGGCCAGACAUGGACAUUCCCGAACGCAAUCGGGACGGGACCCCGGCGGGCCUUAAGGGGGCCCUUUAUCUCCACCAGGAGCUUGCUCUGUCUUGGAUGAAGAAGAUGGAAGACGGCUCCAACAAAGGAGGUAUUCUUGCGGACGAUAUGGGUCUCGGCAAAACUAUUUCAACAUUGGCCCUCAUGCUAGACAGACCGCAGAAGGAGCGGCCCAAAACAAACCUCAUCAUCGGGCCCCUAUCGCUCAUUCGUCAGUGGGAAGACGAACUGAAGACCAAGACUAAAAGCAUGUAUAGAAUGUCAGUCUUCGUUUACCACAAUACAAAGGCUAGCGCUGAGGACCUGCUUCGGCACGACGUGGUGCUCACCACCUACCUGACUGUUGCCAAUGAGUGGAAGCGACUGCAGAAGUAUUUGGAGGAGAACCGGGAUCGAACUUUGAAUCUCGACGACCGGAACCACUCGCUCAAGUUCCCAUUGCUACACCCCUCCAGGGCAGAGUUCUACAGGGUCAUCCUUGAUGAGGCUCAGCACAUCAAGAACGACAAGACCAAGACCACCAAAGCCUGCCACGCAAUCAAAGCCACGUACCGGUGGUGCCUCACAGGCACGCCUAUGAUGAACGGGGUUAUUGAACUAUUCUCGUUGGUCAAGUUCCUCCGCAUCAAACCCUACUGCGAGUGGGAGAAGUUCCGCGAGUCGUUUGGCACACUUUGGGGUAAACAGGGUGUUUCUAAAUCCGUCGCGAUGAAACGACUACGGGCUCUGCUCAGGGCCAUAAUGCUGCGGCGCAAGAAGGACUCCGAGUUGGAAGGGAAGCCGAUCCUGAAGUUGCCCUCCAAGACCGAGGAAAUCGUGCACGCCGAACUUUGUCUAGACGAGCGACACUUCUACAAGCAGCUGGAAGAGAAGUCGCAGGUCCAGUUCAGCAAGUACCUUCGCGAGGGAUCGAUUGGGAAGAACUACUCCAACAUUCUUGUCCUGCUUCUUCGCAUGCGCCAGGCUUGCUGCCACCCGCACUUGAUUGUUGACGUCGACGACGCCGUUCCUCUCAGCGUCACCAACGAAGACGUGGGGGAGCUAGUCAAGAAUCUCAGUGAGCCCGUCGUCGAGAGAAUCAAGGCUAUGGAAGCGUUUGAGUGUCCAAUCUGCUUUGACGCUGUCCAAUUCCCAUCCUUCUUCGUUCCGUGCGGCCACGACAGCUGCAAGGACUGCCUCACUCGGCUCGUGGACAACGCCAUGUCUAUGACUGUUCGGUCAGGUGACGACUCAGCCACGGCUAGGUGCCCUGUUUGUCGCGGUUCGUUUGAUCCGAAGAAGUGUUUCUCGUACGAUGCAUUCCGGACCGUUCACAUGCCGGAGACCAUCGUCAAAAAGUCAGAGUCAGACGCCGAGGACUCGGACAGCGGUGGGGAAGGCUCCGAGUCGGAUGCGGACGACGAUGCUGAUGACGUCGACAGCAAGGGCAAUCUUCGGGGUUUCAUUGUCGAUGAUGACUUUGACGAUACAGAUCAGAUGAAGUCCACGUCGGCCGCGGGUGGAACCCCAGCUGCGUCUGCCAGAAAGAAAAGGAGAAAGGGCAAGAAGAAGGACAAGGAAGUCAAGCCUUCGAUGCUGAAAAUCCUCCGCGUCGAGGCAGGGAGGAAUCAGGCGGCAUACAAAACGUACAUGAGGUAUUUGCGAAAGACGUGGAUGCCAUCAGCUAAAGUUACAGCGUGCAUGGAGCUGCUUAAGAAACUUCAGGAAACCAAGGAGAAGGCGAUCGUCUUUUCCCAGUGGACGCUACUGCUGGAUCUCUUGCAGGUGGCCAUGUGGCACGACGGCUUCAGCCAGAAGCCACUACGUUAUGACGGCAGUAUGACGGGGGACCAGCGCGCGCAGGCAGCGCGGGAUUUCAAGACGAAGCCGGAGGCGACAGUGAUGCUUGUGUCCCUCAGGGCAGGCAAUGCAGGCCUCAACCUGACAUCUGCCAACAACGUCAUCAUCAUGGAUCCAUUCUGGAACCCAUACAUUGAGAUGCAGGCCAUUGAUCGUGCACACCGCAUCGGGCAGUCGAAGGACGUCAAGGUGCACCGCAUCCUCACCCAGGAGACGGUCGAGGACCGCAUCAUGGAGCUACAGGAGCGCAAGAAGGAAAUUGUCGAGGCGGCGCUCGACGAGACGGAGAGCAUGAAGAUUGGCCGUCUUAACGUGAAUGAACUCAAGUUUCUCUUCAACACCAGAGAUUAA